CGUUCGACGGCGUCGCGCUGCAUGCCGGGAUACAGCUCGUUCUUGUUUACAAGAUGACGGAGAAAACCGCUACACCCUGACUUAAACACGGAACAACAAGUCCACUCUGUGACGCUGGCACACCCGAGCCGUGAACACGCGUGUAAAAACAACAACAACAAAAAAAAACACGAGUGGUUUUCCUGAAACGCGAGCCCACGGAGCUGUCAGUCUGCCACGCCAGAUAUUUUUAUUUUUUUUUUUGCACCGUCACUAUCUGUCAAAUCACAGCAGCUGACUGUCCUCCGGCCUGCAGAGAGGAGUCUCAAUCCAGCCGAAUGAACAGAGCGACUGCAAAGCGGUUAAUUGAACGCUACUUUCAACAGUUGACUCAAGGCUGUGGAAAUAGCAACUGCACCAAUGAGUUUUGUGCCUCUUGUUCUGCUUGUCAACCUCUGGGCAACAACGCAGCAGCUGCUAAAGCACUGGAACUGUUCAAGGUUAACGCCAAACUCUGUGACUAUUACCCCUCCGUCGAGUCCAGGUCUGACGAAAACUCUCGGCUGGGGCGUGAGAUGAGCACCGAGGAAUUCUCAGAUGUUCACUACCUCACAGAGCACACCGUGUGUAGGAUACUGAGUGUCUGCGAGGAAGAAGGGAACUACUCUGCUCUCGUCCGUGUCAUUGGCAGGAUAUUCUCCAACGCGGACGCUCUCAUGAAGAGUUUCCGGAAGGAAGAACCAAGUGCCGCUGUCAAAACCCUCAAUUCUCUCAAGUCGAAAGACGAAGAGAAACGGAGCGACCAGUCGUCAGAGAACAAUCUCUCCUCCUCUGCUUCCUCGCCCGACGAAACUCCAAACGGAAUCCCCAACUCCUUUGAGCCUUCGGUAGACAUCGACGCAGUUCGAAGGGUCUACGACAAACUCCUGUCCGUCGACCAGGUGGAGUCUGCCCUGGUCAACGCCCUCAUUUACCUCACUCCAAACGUGGAACUUGACCUGGAAUAUCUUGAUGUGUACGAAGCAAACCCAGAUUAUCUGAAUAUUUUCAUCAUAGUGAUGGAGAACAGAAACCUUCACAGCCCGGAGUACCUUGAGGUGGCGUUACCUUUGUUCUGCAAGGCGAUGAGCAAGCUGCCGCUCAUGGCCCUCGCUCGCCUGUCCAAGCUGUGGUCGACGUUCGGCCUUCCGCACGUCCGCCGCAUGAUGGAGACCUUCCAGCAGCUCAUCACCUUCACAGUCGUCAGUAAUGAAUAUGGCGCGGAAAACCUGAUAAACGACGACGAGACGGUGGUGGCUGCCACCAAGUGCUUGAGGGUUGUCUUCUACGCAAGCAUCCUCGGCGGGGAGGUGGACGGCGAGCACAACGAGGAGGAGGACGACGAAGACGCCGAGUCGGACGAGCUGACGCUGCACGAGCUGCUGGGCGAAGACCGGCUCUAUAAGAAGGGUCCCCGGGUCGACCCUCUGGAGAAGGAGCUGAGCGUCCGUCCUGUAGACAGCGUCAAACCCCUCAUACCGUUUGAGGAUUUUGUCAAUGAAUCGGUGAACGAAGUGAUUGAAAUGGACAAAGAUUUUACCUUCUUCAAAGUCAACGCGGAAACCAAGUUUUCCUUCCAGACCUGCCCUUUCAUCCUCAGCGUCAUCACCAAGAGCCAGGGGCUGUAUUACGACAACAGGAUCCGGAUGUACAGCGAGAGGCGCCUCACUGCCCUCUACAGUAUGGUACAGGGCCAGCAGCCAAACCCCUAUCUGAAGCUCAAAGUGCGUCGAGACCACAUCAUCGACGACGCCCUCGUCAGACUGGAAAUGAUCUCCAUGGAGAACCCGUCAGACCUGAAGAAGCAGCUGUACGUUGAGUUCGAGGGCGAACAAGGCGUAGACGAAGGAGGAGUGUCCAAAGAGUUCUUCCAAUUGGUUUUGGAGGAAAUCUUUAAUCUGGACAUCGGGAUGUUCACCUACGACAAUGACACCAAGCUUUUCUGGUUCAACUCGUCCUCGUUGGAGAACGAAGCGCAGUACACACUUAUUGGGAUCGUUCUGGGGCUCGCCAUUUACAACAACUGCAUCCUGGACGUUCAUUUCCCCAUGGUUGUCUACAGGAAGCUGAUGGGCAAGAAAGGGACCUACUUGGAUCUGUCAGACUCACAUCCAGUUCUCUACCAAAGUCUGAAGGAGGUGCUGGAGUACAGCGGCAGCCUGGAGGAGGACAUGAUGCUCACCUUCCAAAUAUCGCACACGGACCUUUUUGGAAACCCCGUACUGUACGACCUGAAGGAGAAGGGGGACCAGAUCCCCGUUACCAAGGAGAACAGACAGGAAUUUGUUCAUCUGUAUGCAGACUACAUCCUGAACAAAAGUGUGGAGAGCCAAUUCAAAGCCUUUAAGAAAGGUUUCCUGAUGGUGACAAACGAGUCGCCGCUCAAAUACUUGUUUAGACCAGAGGAAGUCGAGCUUCUGAUCUGUGGGAGCAGGAAACUUGACUUUGAAGCACUUGAAAAGACAACAGAAUAUGACGGAGGUUACACUAAGGAUAGUCAAAUUAUCAAAGACUUCUGGGAAACCAUCCACUCUUUCGGAGAGGAGCAGAAGCGACUUUUUCUCCAGUUCACCACAGGAACAGACAGAGCUCCAGUCGGAGGUCUCGGUAAACUAAAGAUGAUCAUCGCGAAGAACGGCUCUGAUUCGGACAGGCUACCGACCUCCCACACCUGCUUCAACGCUCUGCUGCUCCCUGAAUACUCCUCCAAGGACAAACUGAAAGAGAGACUCCUCAAGGCCAUCACUUACGCCAAAGGUUUUGGAAUGCUGUGACGGACUUCCAAAGAGAGUUUUCCGUCUGUGUGGGAUAGAAACGACAAAAAAAAAAAAAAAAAAAAAAAAGGGAAUACCACCAAAAAAACAACAAACAAACAAAAUGCUGCAAUAAUAAUUCUGUGCCUAAUCAGUCUCUCACAGACAAACUCCACUGUUGGCCUUCCACGCUGAGCCCUCACUUGCUUUGUAACCUCGUCACUUGUGUAGGCAUUAGAAAUCCCAAAUAAGUUCAGCCUUCUCCCAUCCCCACAUGCCCUGGUUCUGAAAAGGCGAAAGCCCGUUUGUGAAACUGUGAAAGUGCGCUCACGUGUAGCACAUAAAGUGUAUUUAUGACGUUAGUUUGACUUCUGAUGCCUCUGACGUUUUUGGAAAUGUAGCAGUAUUUAGUCCUCACUGGGCCUGACGGUGCUCCUUGGCCGCGAUUGUCAGUUUAGUAGACUGAGGUGAAGAAGCCUUAUAUAUUACCUGCUCUCUGACCUUCAGUCCAUCUUACGAUUGAAAGCUUUGUGCUGUGCCUCCUGUAGCGGAUAUGGACUGAAUAUCGUUUGCUGUGAUCCUGAUGUGAUGGUGUUGGCUGCGUGUUUUAAAGGGGCAGUGUUAUGCAAAAUUGGCUUUUUGUUGUGGUUUUACAUCAUGUUAUAAUGUUAUUCCCUCAUCAGAAACACACCUGGAGUGUUGCUUUUUGCUUAAUGCUUGUUUGAGUAAUCAUUGAAUCUCCCACGGCAACCGUUGUGGAUGCAUAAACACUUGUUCUCACCUAGCGCCACAUUUUCCACUCCUUUCAGCUCCUUCAGACUAGUGGCAAUAGCACUAGUCUGAAGUGCUCCUAGGGACGGCUGUAAGCUGCUUAAUGGAGAAACGUUUUGAUAACUUCCUGAAUGAAGGCUGAGUUUCAAAAAGAACAGGAGCUUCUUAAAGAGACAGAGGCCCAAUAUCAAGGUUUUAAUUGCAAAGUGACAUUUCUUUCAAGUCAUGUUUGUUAUAUGGUAUAUAACAUUUUUAUAACUGGCAGUAACGUAGUUACUCAAUUGUGCUGUAAAAUGGCAUCACGUGCCUGGAAAGUACAUAAUGCUGUCCCUUUAAAAUUACUUGCCGAUUGUUUUAGUGUGUCAGAUCUUUUAAAAAACGCGUCUCUUGGCUCGUUUCCUACGAGUUACUGAUUUGCACACUUGCCAAAUGUGCAAGGCCUGUUUAAGGGAAACGGCCACAAAAAGUGUUCGAUUUGUAUCUCAGGUAUGUAAAGAAUUUGCAGAAAAUGUGAAAACCCUUCUGUAAACUCUCCAAUAUGCAAGGUAAAUAAAGGUGAGAAAUUGUA